GAUGAACAAACUACAUCGCUUUAAAACAAUGCCAUGAAGACAUCCCAACUCAAAGUUUUAUGUCUUCUGCUUCUCCAAGUUCCCAUAGACUUCGUAUACGGCCAAACGCGACCUCCUCGAAUCACAGAACAUCCGGCGGAUCUGGUUGUCCCCAGAAACGACCCGGUGACCCUGAACUGUCACGCAGAGGGUUCGCCGGAGCCGACCAUCCGGUGGUUCAAGGAUGGACGACCACUCGACCUGGAGCCUCGACACAGGGUUGUCCUGCCCGCCGGGAGCCUCCUGUUCCUGCGUGUCAUCCACGGCAGGCGCGACUCUGACAGUGGCCUCUACUGGUGUGAAGCCACCAACCAGGCGGGGACAGUCCGUAGCAGGAACGCCACAUUGAGUGUCGCAGUGUUGAGGGAGGACUUCCGUCAGGAACCACGUGACACGAGAGUGGCCCUUGGAGAGACGGCAGUUCUGGCCUGCGGACCCCCCAAAGGGCACCCGGAACCAGCCCUUCACUGGCGUAAGGACGGGGAUGUUGUGGACCUCCAGUCUUCUACCAGGUUCCGAUUGGUGGACGGCGGGAGCUUGAUGAUCGCUGACGUGAGACCAGGGGAUGCGGGAGACUAUCAGUGUGUCGUCCAGAACUUGGCGGGAUUGCGGGAGAGUGGAGCGGCCUCCCUUACUGUUCACGUAAAGCCAUUCUUCACGAGUACACCGAGGGAUGUAACAGUAGCUCCGGAAGGAACUGCCCGCCUAGUAUGUAGAGCAGGUGGAGAGCCUGUACCACUGAUCAGGUGGUACAGAGACCACCCCUCAGCCACUCUACCACCCAGGGCCCACGUGGGGGAUGACCAUACCCUCAUUGUUACUGGGGUCUCCAUCCAGGAUGAAGGGGUGUAUGUGUGCCAGGCCACCAACACUGUGGGGACAGUCACCACUAGUGCCACUAUCACUGUUCAUGCACCACCCAAGUUCGUGAUAAGCCCUCCAAACCGGACAGUAGCCGCUGGCGGUUCAGUUUCCCUCCCUUGCGCUGUCCAGGGCUGGCCCCCUCCCCUGCUCUACUGGAGUGUUGAGGGCUCGCAGACGCUCAUGAUGCCAGGGUACAUAAGUGACAGGUACUCAGUGAGUGAGGACCACACAAUCACUGUGAGGGCGACUGCAGAAGAUGUGGACCACAUGGUGUGUGCUGCUGUGAGCGAGGCUGGGGCAGCAAUCAACAGAGCAAUUGUGCAGGUGGCUUUGACGGAUGUCAUUCCUCCACCCCCAACAGCAGGGGUGACCAACUCCACGCGAUCCUCCCCAGGCACCCCACACCCGACCAAUGUCACCCAGGAUUCUGUUACACUUUCUUGGAUCUCCUCCCCCUCUCCACCCUUUGGGGGUUACUCUGUGCUCUACUGUUCUGUCCAUCCCUCCUCUGGCUGGCAGGUUGCUGCUACUGGAAUAGCCUCUACUACUGUCAUGAUAACAGACCUAAAGCCAGCGACUGCGUACGUGUUUAUCGUUCGUACUGAGAGUGGGGAUAGUGGUGUGUCAGAGGUGGUGCGCACACUGAACGCUAAUGCACGCAAAGUGACACUACACCAGUUGGAGACUGCACGAAUUGUGCUCACAGAGACUGUGCUGCAGUUGAGACAGUUAACUGCGGCAUCAUCCACUGCUGUCAGGGUAGUUUGGCAGAUAGUUGGUGCUGAGCAGUAUGUUGAGGGUAUUUACCUGAGGUACCGACCCUUAUCUCCCUUGCUUCAAAGCCCGGGGAAGUGGGAGGAAGAGAGAGGAGAGGACGGAGACUUUGAACUAGAGACAGUACUCAAUGCAGGGGCCACUAGCUACACAGUUACCAACCUCCGCAAAUUCACCCAUUAUCGGUUCUUCCUCGUGCCCUUCUUUAAGACUGUCGAGGGCCGACCUUCCAACUCCAGGAUUGUGCAGACACUAGAGGAUGUACCAUCUGCCUUCCCACUUGGGUUAGAAGUGGGAUGGUUCAAUGAAACAACAGCGUUUGCUCGCUGGGGCCCUCCUCCUGCUCAGGAAAUCAACGGAUUUCUUCUUGGUUAUAAGAUCCAGGUACGAGCGGGCGGCAAACUUCUGGUAUCUCUGUCAGUGAAUGCGUCUACACAAGCUGUGACCCUGCAGCAAGCCAGGGGAGGAGUUUCAGUGCGUGUGUGUGCUGUCACCAGGGAAGGUCCAGGCCCCUACAGCCCUCCUGUGCCCCUGGCACCUCCUCGGCCUCCUCCACACCCCCAGCCGCGCUCACUACUCGCCCUACUGCUCGCCGCUUCUGUGCUCAUCUGUGCACUUGCGUUUGUCACCACCAUUUACCUCAAGCGACGCCAUGCACUCACCAAGGAGCUUGGGCAUUGUGUGAAUAACAUGGGAGACUUGUCCCAGCUGAGUCUGAUGGCCUGUAAGGAGUCCCUGUGGAUCGAGGGGGGCUGGGUGAGUCUGCAGGCCUACCAACCUCACAACAACAACAGUGGAGGGCUCAGUGGUGCCACCACCACAGCAGGACUGUCCACGUUCUAUUCUGCUCCCAGACAAACGGAGACACCCACCCCUUACGCCACCACUACCCUUGUCAACGGCAAGGAUUCUAAGGGCAAUUUGGCAUCUACAAGAGGGAGACCACCUCUAGACCCUGUGAAAAAUGAGGCCCAGAUGAGAUCUACAGAAAAGACCACCACCAAUCACUGCACCACUAUGCCUAGCAAUGGGGCCAAGUCUCGAAUGUUUGUACCACCUCCGCCACCAUUCCUGGCAAGAAGUACUUCACAGAUAGAAAGACGGGCUAGCAGCAUCAGUGUAGCCAACAUUCCAGUAGCCCCAGUGAGAGUUGCUAGCAGUGCUGCUAAUCUCGACAUAGCUCGCCUCCCUCCUCCCGUACAACUUCCUCCCCCUGUUCCUGUGAGCACAAGAACCUCCCAAGACAUCUACUGCAACUGUUCCCCAACAUACAGACAGCCAGACUCAGAGUUAAAAGCCACAGCUGGUGGUAAUGUUUCCACUCCCUUAUCUGCCCAGUAUCCACAACUGCUUGUAGAGUCUUGCGGUUGCAAUGGCAGUUACGAUGACAGUUGUUCUUGCAGUGGCUCAUCGUGUUCAUAUGCAACCAACAACACAAACGCAAUCAUGGAGGCAACUAGGAAUUGUACAUGAACACAACCUUUCCUCAUCAAGUUCCAGCUAGUAGUUUUCUGCUGGAAGUAAACAAAUGUACAAUACGAACGAUCUCUAUCUACAUGUACUUUGUAAUUGUGAUAAUACUUGUAAUUUGUUAUAAACUAUUGUAAUAAAUCUUAAAAGUG